AAUAGUGCACAACAAACAGUUGUUGGACUUCAACAGGCUAGCGAAGGAGAGCGUUGGACAAAAUAAAAAAAUAACACGUUCAGCUGACUCCUCCUUGAGAAUGGGAUACCGCCGAGAGCUGAAUGGUGGGAAUAUCACAGGCACCGUUUCCCAACAGUAAGCAGAGAGCCCCGGCACGUUUCCUGAGCCGAGCCGCCGAGGCAUGUCCAUUGCUCGGAGUGUGACGCCUGUUUUUUCCGUCGCUGCUACCGCCGCCGCUGGCUGAUGGUUGUGAUGUGAGCAGAGUUACGCCACGACAGAGGGUGGGGGAAAAAAUAUCUCUAUUCUUCUCCUCACGGAAUAAUGAACUUGGGGAAACUAUUAGGUUUGUGUUACGAAGAAGAAAUGCUAUAACAUUCGGGCCUGGACGUCAUUGUUGGACAACUUUAGCAAGCUAGCAAAGCGUUAGCUGGCUUUAAUUCACGUUGAUGACUUGGCUCUGUAAGCUCCCUCUGCGACCUGUUCGUUUCGGUUGAUUGGUUUGGUCCUGUUUAUUCCUGCUGGUAACAUGUUGACGCGCAGAGGGGCCUGAGAAACAAACAGUACUUCCAGUAAUUUAGCGCUUAUCUUGCCGUUGAUAGAAGGCUAAAUAGUGUGGAUAUUGAAUCAGUAUAGAAAGCAGUAGGGUUUGCAAAGAAACAAACCAUUUUUUAAAAAUAACAUUAACGUAAAAUUGCACUUUAUUAGGUUAGUUUUUGAGAAUUGUCGAUUGUUUUCCUCUAAUUGUACCUUUAUGGCAUCCAAAACAGAUAAGUAUAGAUGUUUAUCAUACUGUUAAGAUUUUUUUCCCCAGUGAAUAACCAAAACAGACUCUCUUGGCUUUAAAGCAGGGAUAUUUUUGACUUUUUUAGUCUUUCCAUUCUUUCGAUACGGUGUGCCACAGUUGCAAGUUGAAAUGUAAACAUGAAUUUCGAAGAGCAGCAUCUAGAUUUGUGUAAUGUCAAGACAAAAGCCAUUGAGGACGAUGAUCAUCACACUACCAACAGCACAGAAGGGGUCACCCCUCGUAUUUUGGAACUGAUGACAGACAGUGACUUAGAAAAAGAAACCGGUGUUCCCACAGAGGCCUCUGAAACUUGCCUUAUGCCUCAGCUUACUGACAAUCUCCACUCCGAUGGGGGAGAUAAACUACAGAAACAAGACACACUAGAAAUUGAUGAAGUCAAUGGAAAUGAAAAGAGUUGUCCUCUGAACACCCCUGCUGUAGAUAAUCCUUCUGACUUGAUCUCAUCUAAUGAUGACCAGCACACAACUGUUAAGGAGGAGGAGGAGGUGAGCAUGAAGGGGGAAAGGGUCAUUGAUUACCCACAAGCUGUGGAGGUAGGGGACGAUGGCGUGGACAUGGACAUUGGGGUGGAUCUAAGCCUCGAUGAGAGCGGGGUGCUGGAGAGUGAAUCUGCAAAUGUUACACCAAUCUCUGCUAAUAUUUUGGACUCCAAGUCCAGUCCUCAGGAUGUCCCAGCUGGCAGGACAGCAGAAGGCCAGGCAAAUGCCAACAAGACAUGCAGCACUGAGGCUUCUGUCACUGAUCGGGCUGGACUGUAUCCCUUGGUGGAGGAGGGGGGAGAGAAACACAAACUGUGCGGAAAAAGGGUGACAUUUCCUUCAGAUGACGAUAUUGUUUCUGGAGCGGUGGAGCCAAAGGAUCCCUGGAGACAUGCUCAGAAUGUGACGGUUGAGGAGAUCAUCUCCUCCUAUAAGCAGGCCUGUCAGAAACUCAACUGUAAACCUAUCUCCAAAGUGCUCAAACAAAUACAGGAACUGAAAGACCUGACUCAGCGAAACGAGUGCUUGGAUCUGAAAGGUGAGAAGCUGGACUACAAAGCAUGUGAGUCUCUGGAGGAGAUUUUGAAGAGAGUCCAGUUUAAAGUGAUAGACCUGGAGCAGACCAACCUGGAUGAAGAUGGUGCUUCAGCUCUAUUUGACAUGAUUGAAUAUUAUGAAUCAGCCACACAUCUCAACAUCUCCUUCAACAAGCAUAUCGGCACGCGAGGAUGGCAGGCCGCUGCUCACAUGAUGAGAAAGACGAGCUCUCUUCAGUACCUGGAUGCCCGUAACACUCCUCUGCUGGACCACUCGGCUCCUUUUGUUGCCCGAGCGCUCCGGAUCAGUGGCAGCUUGGUGGUCCUCCACCUGGAGAAUGCUGGUUUGUCGGGCAGGCCGCUCAUGUUACUAGCCACGGCUCUGAAGAUGAAUAUGAAUCUGCGGGAGCUGUACCUGGCUGACAACAAACUCAAUGGCCUUCAGGAUCCUGCUCAGCUUGGCAGCCUGCUCAAGUUUAACUGCAACAUUCAGAUUCUAGACCUGCGCAAUAAUCACAUCCUAGACUCUGGUCUGGCCUUCUUGUGUGAAGGACUGAAGGAGCAAAGGAAAGGUCUCGUCACUUUGGUGCUAUGGAACAACCAGCUAACACACAUUGGCAUGGGCUACCUCGCUGCUGCACUGCCAUGCACCCAGAGUCUGGAGACUCUGAACCUCGGCCACAAUACGAUCGGAAACGAAGGCGUCCACAAGCUGAAGGAUGGACUAAUCGCCAACCGCUCUGUGCUCCGGCUGGGACUAGCUUCCACCAAGCUGUCCUGUGAGGGAGCCGUCGCUGUGGCUGAAUUCAUCGCAGAGAGCCCCAGACUGCUGCGUCUGGACCUUAGGGAGAAUGAGAUCAAAACCGGGGGCCUUAUGGCUCUGUCGCUUGCACUGAAGGUCAACAACUCGCUGCUGCGACUCGACCUGGACCGGGAACCCAAGAAAGAAAGUGUGAAAAGCUUCAUCGAGACGCAGCGCGCCCUGCUGACCGAGAUCCAGAAUGGCUGCAAGAGAAACUUCAUCCUUGCAAAGGAAAAGGAGGAAACCGAGGAAAAGAUGAGAUUGUCAGCCUCCAUGGCUGAAAUAGCUACGGAGGACGGAGCGAGGGAGGUAGAGGAGGAUGAACCAGCUUCAGCUGAGAGAAAGGAAGAUGGGGAGGAGAAGGAAGCAAAGGAAAACAAAUCCCAAACUAGUAGCCAGUCGAAAAUGAGCCCAGAGAUCAAUGUUCCUCCUCAAAAUCUGGAUUCUGACUCUGACACGGAGGAUGAGGAUGUAGGAGAGGUAGUAACCAAGUCUUCUUCUGUUGUUUCAAAUCAGACAGCACCUCCAACCCAAACAGGAGUUAGUCAGUCUCCCCUUAGUGCCUCACGUACACCCUCAUCCCCCUCUGCAUCACCUGUAAAAGGUUCAAGUGUAAUAUCCGGAAUAACUGUCACAGAAACAACAGUCCCUGCUCCUCCGGGAACUCCUCCCUCACCUGGCCGCUGUAUCUCUGUAUCGAGUCCCGGAAGGGGCCAUAAGAUUUUCAUGGUAACAAGGGUAGAAAGUCCCCCUGAACAGCUGCAGAAAAUUGCUCCUGCAGCUCCCUGCCAGCCUAAAGGCUUGAGCGGACAGCAGACACAGCCCCCGCAUGCAUCCCAAACACAGCUGACCCCAGAGGGCAUGAAGGAGAGCCCACCUGCUCCCUCAACAGACAGUAAAAUGACAAAGGAGACUCCCAAAGACAGACUAGAGUCUGAUGCAGCUCAGACGCACAAACCGGACCCACUGUCAUCAGGUCAGUCCUCAGAGGAGGCAAAAGCCAGAACUUUAGAUUCAGCCGCAGUGACAGAUCCAAGUUUGCAAACACCAGCAUUGCCUUCAAAUUCCUCAUCUGAGCAGGAUGCGGCUUUGAAGCCAACAAACGACUCUGAAAAGCCCCAACCUGAGUCACCCUCUGCAGAGGAGCGCUGCAGAGGAGAGGAACAUGAGGGAAGUGAACAUGAGGAUAGGCAUGAAACCUCCCCAAAUGAACUGAAUCAGUCUACACAGCAGCCGCCCCAAACAUCUGCACCAGAGCACCUAAAGGAUGAGCAGGCAGCAGAACCAGAGGGGACCUCCCCUCCAAACCAAACAGAAGAUAAGCCAAAGCAAGAGGAAGCAACUCUAGAUUUGGUUCCUUCAGUCCAGACUUACCAGCAAACUCAGCCUGAAGAUGUUGGGGAAAUUAAUACUUGCUCACAGGGGGAGGAUCAAGAAUCGACUGAUGAGAGCUCUGCCGAUGAGUUAUUCGUUGAGGCUAUGGAUGGAGAAGUUGUCGGUUCAUCUCUACCCAACGGUCUGAAACCAGAGUUCUCCCUCCAUCUACUGGACAGUGAAUCUCCAAAGCCCAGCAGCUGCGUGAUGGAGCAUGUUAGUGCCAGUUGUGAACAGGGACUGGAGGAGCUGCUCCUAGAAGCCAGCCUGGACAAUGGGAGAGAUGCACCAUAAACUGCAGCACUACAAGGACAGAUGGAUGCAACACUAAGAUGAUUCGUCAGGCUCUGCAACAGGACUGGCUGCUCUACAAUAUAUUUGUAAUUUCUUCAACUUAAUCAGCAUUACAAUGUUUCCAUAAAGGACCGACGACACAGCGUUGCAGUUCAAGCUCCAUACAUGAAAAUACAAAGACAGCAUCAUCUGGAGCUCUACUGUGAUGAGUAGUCUUCUACAUCUAUACCUUCAUCGUCCACCUGAAAGGUCGGGCAGGUGUGAGGAUCUCCCAUCAUCACUACAUUUUCUCAUGAUGCGAUAUUUACACACCUCCAUGAAUCACAGACAGAUCAGGGAUGGAGGAGGGAGGGUAAAACACUAACCAAAGACCUUUCUGACAGCCCUUACUUGCUCUCUUUAGAUUGUUGUUGGGCAAAUUGAUCACAGGCAGAUUUUUAUGACUCACAGAGACAUGACGGUGGUGAUGAUAAACAUGGUGGACCCCUGCUGAGUAGACCUGCUGGCUUUAAACUCUUGAGGCGGGAGUAAGUUGCUGUUGAAGGCUUUUCUAACCAAGAAAGCUGAGGAUGUUUAUCAAUCUGUGUAAAUGUAAACUUUGUGUGUCUCCUGCCUCCCCUCCUCCUCUCUCUCCCCCCCCCACCAGAAACAGAACUCUAAGGGACCUCUGCCAAAGUGACUUUUUUUCCCCCCCUUUGUUUUCUGAUCUUCUGCUGUCUGGCCCCUCAGGCAUCUGCCAGCCCCACCUAUUGUUCAAAUCUGACACGGAGAACAUUAAACCACACGUUUUGCAUGAUUGAAACUGCAGUUUUGCUUUUGAAAUUGGAGGGAGAAAAAUAAAAAAAAACACAGAAAUCAUGUCUUGGACAAAAGUCAAAUUACAGAAAAGUCUAAAUAGAUUAGUUUUAGUUGAAUCUGAAGCUCCAAAUUCCUCGCUGUGCGAACCUUAUCUCAAGAUUUCAACUUUUAUUUGUGUUGCCUGUAGUUUCUCCAGUGCAUACUCCCCUCUUUUCAGCUGCUUUGAGAAAUCUUUUUUUUUGUUUUGUUUCAUAGGAUCUUUUCAGGUUCAAAAUGUUCAUGUUUCCCUCUCUUCAUGGGCUUUUUUUUCUGCCCUUUGUUGUAUUUCAUAUACAAACUAGAGAAAAUAUUUAGAUUACAUUACAUUUUUUUAAUGGGAUAAAAUAUAUGAGGCUUAAAAGGCGGAUUUAAUUAAAUGGUUGACUACUGGGGUCCAGAAAGCUGUAAACACGCCACAGUCCCUGUUCUGCAGCAGCUUUUGGGCACAAGGGGGUGUCAAUGGGUGCUUUUUUUCCAUCGAGGGAGAAUUAAGUCUAGCUGAAUAAAAAAAUCACAGCAUUAAAUGUAUCUUUGUGUUUCCGUGAACAGAUCUGGUUAUUCCUGCCUUCAUUUUUACUUAUUUGUUCUCAUGAAGCG